CGGCCACCGUUCUUUGCAUGCGGGCAUCGAUGGUCAACGCUUCGGUGGCUAAUCAAAAGUACCUGGUGUCAACCUUGGUCCUCACCAUGGAAAUGAUUAAAAUAUCUCUGAUUGCGGCCCUGAUUGUCGCCACCGAAGCCAAAUUCUCCAUCAAAGAAGCGGCCAAGCUUCUGUACAAGGAGAUUCUGUGCCGGCCGCUAGACGCCUUGCCUUUGGCCGUGCCCAGUUUCCUCUACGUCGUCCAGGACAAUUUGAUCGUCUUCGCCCUGUCGUGCGUCGACGCCACCACCUACCAGGUAACCUAUCAGGCCAGAAUAUUGACGACGGCCUUAUUCGCCAGGAUUCUGCUCAAUCAAGUCCUGCCAAUCAAGAGAUGGCUUUCCCUGUUGCUGCUCAUGUCGGGAGUGAUUUUGACUCAGGUUAAUUUCAAUGGGGAAAUGGGUGAUUUGAGUUGGCGAGCUCAAAGAGAAGACGCGACUUAUUUGCUGGGUCUUUUAGCCAUCGGAUGCGCCACAAUGACCAGCGGAUUCGCCGGAGUCUACAACGAGAAGGUCAUCAAGAACGGGCAGCAACCACUGCUGCUGAUCAGAAGUUUCCAGCUCAGUUUGUUUUGCGUUUUCUUCGCCUUUAUGGGCGUCGUGAUCAAGGACGGCGUCGUCGUCCUGCGCCAAGGCUAUUUUCACGGCUACACUCCCUUUGUGUGGCUCAUAGCCACCAUGCAGGUGUCGAAAUCAUUAUCUAUUAGUUUAUAUUCAUCAAUAAUACCUACCGAAUAAUACUGUUAAAAAAAAAGGCUAUUGGCGGAAUUAUCGUGGCCGGAACGAUGAAGUACGCCGACAACAUUUUGAAAACGUUUGCCUCCGCCAAUUCGAUCGCCCUGUCCGGCGUCCUCUCCUAUUAUUUCCUACUGGACAACGGCGACACUUUCACGCCAACUUUCUUCUUCGGCACUUUGGUCAUCAUCUUCGCCACUUUUCUCUAUUCGUCCGUCAAGACCGUCCCUCAUCAUCACCCAAUAGCGGCCCCGCUUCCGUCGAAGAAUCGCCGACUCCUUCCGUACUCAACCAAAGUGUAAUAAAUGGGAAAUAUUUCCCCCAUACUUUUCCUGUAAUUUUCCUUAAUAUUAUGGCUGUUGGUACACGACAUCGUCUCGCACUAUAGGCAACUGAGUGUCGUCUGCGCCGGAUUUGUGAUCUUAUUGAUUGCCGUUUUUCUGAUCCGUCAAAAUAACACAGUCGUCAUCGAUGCAACUCAAUUGGGACCAUCGGGAAACCUCCAGC